CGGACCCGGUGUCCGUUGUACAGGCGGUUGGUCAGUCUGUCUUACUCCGCCAUGGCGCGCGAUUUUUUUCUGCUCUCUAUUGUAUUUUCUCUAGCUUCAUGUCUUGUAUAUGCACAUUCCCAUCAUGAUCACCUUACCGAUGAGCAGAAAAACGCACCAGUGGACGCUAUCCUAUGGAUCCAUAUGGCUUUGCAGGCACUAGUCUGGGGUCUCCUUUUCCCUGCGGGAAUGGUCCUUGGAAUAACGCGGAGUCGAUGGCAUGUUCCCUUACAGAGUACGGGAUUUGCGCUGACGCUCGCCGGAUACUUCUUGGGCCACAAACAUAAAGGACGAAUGUUCUUGAAAUCAGUGCAUGGAACCUACGCGAACAUCCUUUUUAUACCCAUUUUCACGCAACUUGCCCUCGGUAUUUAUCUCAAACUACAUAUACACGAGAAAUCGAUUCGCCCGUACAUGGUCAGGCUGCAUGGAGUUAUUGGAAAGGCGUAUCCGAUAUUUGGGUGGGUGCAGAUGGUGUUUGGAAUUGCUACUUUUCGAGGAUAUUGUCGCGGGGGACAUUUGGGACAAUGUCUCGCGCACUAUAUCAUGGGCAGCGGGUUUAUCGCCUAUGGCAUAAUUAUGGCCAUUUUAUUACUUGUCGGUGAAGCUUGGGUGAGGCGUAGUGGACGCAGUCCAGAGUGGUGGGAUUCAUGGGUUAUCAUGCUCUGGGGUAUCGUCAAUACCUUUACCGAACACCACGGCGGUGACUGGUCUGUCAAGGAUAUGCAGCACACAAUUCUGGGCGUUCUCUGGUGGUGCGGCGGCGCUCUCGGUAUUUUCCUUGCUCGCAACAACCAGCGCAACGUAGUUCCUGGGAUAAUUAUCAUUUUGACUGGUUGGGGAAUGUCUGAGCAUGCGCAAGCUCUCAUGAUCUCAACCAAGGUACAUGCGAUGUUUGGCUACACCCUAAUGCUUGCUGGUUUCACCCGUAUUAUUGAAAUAUGUUUCUUCUCAAGUCCAACAAAUCCCGAAGCUGCUGUGGAGGAUGACAAUAACAGCGACCAUACUCUCGCAGCUCAAAGCCCUCGCUUCUCCCCAGGCAUAGAUUCGCCUUCAGAAAACAGCCGGACUUCUGCAGCGAAAGUUUUCCGGCAUUUACCUCCCUUCCUUCUUGUUUCUGCCGGACUUCUCUUCAUGUCAGCUACUGACGAGGAGGUACAGUUUGUGCACGACAACGAGAUGGAUCAUGUAACUUAUGUCUUGAUCAUGUUCAGUUUGUCAUUCCUCCUAUACACGCUCAUCGUGUGGAUGAUCCAUCUGUACACCGUCAGUGGGCGAAAUGCGCCUGAUGCGAAGAGCAACUUAGGCGACAACAUGGAGAUGGCAUCAGGGAUUAGAACGAAAUGGUACUCGCGUGUUCCAAACGCUGAAGAGUCCAACCAUAUUAUUGGCGAUGACGAGGAUGACUGAGCAGAUAUUACACGUAGAUUCUAAUUGUACCUGUUUGUCUCGUGUUCGCGCCUCGGCAACAUGACGCAAUCACACCGCCUCCAUGAGUGCG